AUGGCAAUGGAUGGCGAGCCAGAGUUCAGCCGGAAGAGCGAGCAUGACAGCUUCUCAGCGUCUGAUACUCUGCUUCCCACGAAGGCUAGCAGCGACGACAUCUCAUAUCGGGAUAUUGGAACACACGGCUUCCGCCACGAACCACGCCAGCGCCUCAUCACCAUCCUGAUCACAGUCAUAAUCACACUCGUCCUUACCACCCUCCUCCGACAAGUCUACCACAUCACCACCUUCUCACCCUCCCGUAUCGCCACCAACAUUCACGCUGCCUUCUACAGUGACGCCGCCCGCCUCAACCCCAGAUACCACUGCGGCAACUCCUCCACCGAAGCAAUCUCCCUGGGCUGCAUCUUCGACCUCUCUGUCGUCGGCUACAUUCCCGCGCCCUGCUUCAAUCCAGCCCUCAAUCAACGCUUCCUCGAUUUCGGCUGGAAGUUCUACGAGGACCAGAAUGGGACGAUCGAGGUCAGCGUCGAGCGCCUCGCUGCAUCGGCCGGCACCCUCGAACCAUUUUGGGCGCCGCACGGAUACCAUAUUACGCACUGCGCGCUGGCUUGGGAGCGGAUGCACUUGGCGAUGAAGGAGGAGGGGACGGGUCCUUUGACGUCGCAUUUGCUUGAGUUGGAGCACACGAAGCACUGUGGGAUGAUGAUUGAGUUGAGGGAUGAUUUGUACUCGUUGAAUUCGCAGAUCACGCCGCUGUUGAAUACCUGCUGA